AAUAGCUAUAUUCACCAUCAAAAUUGCAGCAAAAAGGUAAAAAAUACACCCACAAUAACUAUCACCAAACACAAGAAGGUUGGCCAGGUCACAAACAUGAUUAUUUUCAAGGAAAUCGUCGAAAGUGAUGAUACUGCUAAGAACGGGAUUGAAGAUAAUAGUCAUACAAUACGCAAAGCAGACGGCUAUUAUAAUGGCGCUACAACAAGUUGUUCCAAAUCAAUUCACUGCAACAUACCCAACAAUCUAAGAGCUGAAAAUUCGACGGCUAACGGUUCCGAAGCGAUCGACUCCAAAACAGCCAAAAGGCAUAAAGAACAUCUCAACGCUAUAAUCUCUCUAAAGCGAACGAGCAAUGUAGGACAAAGUACCCAAACGAAUGGCUUGAAAAUGAAAUGUAAUAAUGGUCUUCAACGAGAGAGAGAAUGUGCGAAACAAGUCGAUGAUAAGCUACGAGGUAAAGUUAUCGACUUGGAUAAGAUGAUUAACAAAAAUGUAAGUGAGCGAGGCGUACAAGCCGAGAAACGCGACUUUGGAGGAAAGCACGAUAGGCUAGACUGCUUAAGAAACCACAAAAUAAAUUUCAUUAAAUUGACUGAAGACGACUUCGCAGAACGCACGACAAACUUCCGCAACAUGAGGGAUGCAAUGCUUAACAACUUCAAUCAAACUAUUAACAAAAUGAAUGAGCAAUACGAACGACGCGAGUCCUCGCAAUUCAGGUUCGCGGAUGAGAACAGAGACGCGAUGUCCAAUGACCAAUACAAUGCUACUAAAUAUUUGCAGGCACGUCCGGCCAGUAGUGGACGCCAACUUUGAAAUUACAUUUUUACUGUAUUUGACGGGAAACAAAGAGCCUGGGGUCCAUUUUUUUUCUGCUAGUGAUUGUUAUCAUGAAGACAAACGACUUUAGUAAGGAAUAAAUCUUCCUUGAAGAAAUUGGGUCUGUGCAAUAUGAAUGCUACAUAAUAAUAUAAUGGGAGCUUUUUAUGUUAAACUCGUGUUUUCAUGGCAAUAAUCGGUAUGUGGUUAAAAUGCAAUUUACUGUUUCUGUUUAAUUUAAUGUGUUUUAUUUGGAGGGAAGAAAUAUUGCAAAUUGUAUGCGUGUUGGUGUUUUGUCAUUAUAUAGGUCACUGUAUUUUAAAUUAUAUGUGCUUAUUAUAAAAUAAUCAUUAAUCAUU